UAUUUUCUCUCUCUGAAAAAAACUUUCUAUUUCUCUCUCUAUCUCUGGAGGAUCAACAGUGGAAUAGUAUUAUAUUGAAAUAUUUGAUAAUAAUAUAGAAAAGAAAAAGCCCUUCUCUGGUUUUACCUCCCUUUUUUCUCCCCGUUUUCUCAUCGAAUUUUGCAGGGAACUCCGGUUUCCUUUCGCAUUCCUCGAUCUUCAGGCUGUCUGGUUGUGGCAUCGAAUGGAAACAUUUUAGAUUAAGGCGCAGGGGGGUCGUGUGAUUUCGGGGGUUCUGAUCAUGGCGGUUGUGGAGAAUGCUGGAAACAAAGUGGGGUCGUCGAGUGGGAAUUCUGAGAGUGCGGACACCAAGGAUUUUGGUCAAUCGCAGCCGAGUAAUCACACAGUUAUGCAGAAUUUGCAGCAGAAGAACACUAAUAGCAAACCGAUUUUGCUGCCAAAUGAUGAAAACUAUUACUCGCAGAAGAUACCCCAAUUUCAGCAGAAAGCGGGGAGCAACGGAGUGGCCAAGAUUCAGAUGGUGGGGAGUUUCGGAAGAGAUAGAGAAGAUGGUGGGGAUAUUAGGGAUUUGGAGGACCUUCUCUCCAAGUUGAACCCUAUGGCCGAAGAAUUUGUUCCACCUUCUCUCGCAAAUGGCCAUGGAUGGUCUGCUGGUGCUGCUUUUGGAUACACUAACAACUUUCUAUUGCAGGCUAAUUUUGGCAAUGCAAAUGGGAAUGCUGGUAGACGGAAGAGGAACAAUUAUAAUCAGAAGCGGAGAAUCAACAGCCGAACCAGCAUGGCACAGCGGGAGGAAGUGAUUAAGAGGACAGUAUAUGUGUCUGACAUUGAUCAGCAGGUCACUGAGGAAGAUCUUGCUGCUCUUUUUAUCAAUUGUGGCCAGGUUGUUGACUGUCGUAUAUGUGGUGAUCCUAAUUCCGUUCUCCGAUUUGCUUUCGUUGAAUUUACUGAUGAGGAAGGCGCACGGGCUGCUCUGAGUUUGGCGGGAACAAUGCUUGGGUAUUAUCCAGUGAGAGUGCUACCUUCGAAAACUGCAAUUGCACCUGUUAACCCAACAUUUUUGCCAAGGUCUGAAGAUGAACGUGAAAUGUGCGCCAGGACUAUUUACUGUACAAAUAUUGAUAAGAAGGUGACCCAGGCGGAAGUCAAACUUUUCUUUGAAUCAAUUUGUGGAGAGGUUCAUCGCUUGAGGCUGCUUGGAGACUAUCAUCACUCUACUCGAAUUGCUUUUGUCGAGUUUGUAAUGGCUGAGAGUGCAAUUGCAGCCCUUAACUGUAGCGGCGCCAUUUUAGGAUCCCUGCCUAUAAGAGUCAGCCCAUCAAAGACGCCUGUCAGGCCACGAGCUCCUCGCCCAGCCUUGCAUUGAACCAGCCUUGCAUGUGUCCUGGAUGGAUCUAUUGCUGCUAUAAUAUUUACAUAUACAUACAUAGAUACAGACAUGUUAUUUAAGGUACUUGUGGCUUUUGUUUAUCAUCUUAGUUUCGUCCUCAGUGACUUAGCCCGGUAUCUUUGUUACCUGUAGGGGUUAUUUAUGGUUGUUUAUCUUAGCAUGUAGAGCUGGAGGGGUUACCCAUGUUUGUUUGUUUACCUUGUAGAGAUGGGUGGAAUUUCGAGGCUUUAAACCAUUCCCAUUAUGGUUGAUAGAGUAGGUCUGCUGUCCCAAAAGACUAAUGUUUGUUCGAAUUUUAUGAUGUUUCUAACUCCUGAAGGAUUCUUCAAAGACCCAUUUUAAAACUUUUGGUUCUUAAUGA